AUGGUCGUGUCUCAGUCGUUGCGCCUCCCUCGGCCGGGAAUGCGUUGUAUGGCCUCUCAGCUUUAUAAGUCCCAGACCAACACCACAAGGCGACGCAUUUACUCUGAAAUUUCACGACUCACAAGCCAAAAGGCGCAAUGCUUUUCAACGUCUGUCUCCAGAUGGCAGAGUGAGACUUUGGACCGGACACGCAACAUUGGUAUCAUUGCUCACAUCGAUGCCGGCAAAACUACGACCACGGAGCGUAUGCUCUUCUACAGCGGGUUCACUCGCCGCAUCGGUGAUGUAGAUGAAGGUUCAACUGUCACCGAUUUCCUGCCAGCAGAGCGCGCUCGUGGUAUUACGAUCCAGUCCGCAGCGAUUACCUUUCAUUGGCCUCCAGGAGAUGAAAGUGGAAGUCAGUCAAGCUCCAAAGAAGCGCUUACACCGCGCUCGGCAGUCUCGCAUACUAUUAACUUGAUCGAUACCCCUGGACAUGCGGAUUUUACAUUUGAGGUCAUGCGUUCGUUGCGUAUUCUAGACGGAGCCGUCUGCAUCUUGGACGGCGUUGCUGGCGUUGAAGCACAAACCGAACAAGUUUGGCACCAGGCAAGCACGUACAAAAUUCCUCGAGUUAUCUAUGUCAACAAACUGGAUCGCGAUGGGGCAGCCUUUGGUCGCACCGUGCGAGAAGUGAGUUCUCGCUUGGCCGUUUAUCCAGCAGUGUGCCAGAUUCCUUGGUUUGAGGGUGGCAAUGGAUCUUUCGUCGGCGUCGCUGAUGCGGUCAACCUCCAAGGACUUCGAUGGAAAGAAGGCGAAGAUGGCCGUUCUGUGAAAAUGAUGAGUCUAGAGCAAUUGGAUACAGAAGAGCCAUCUCUGGCAAAGGAGCUUCGGAAGGCACGGAUCGCAUUAGUUGAACUGCUCAGUGAGCAGGACGAAACCAUUGUUGAAAGGUUUUUUGAAUGCGAUGAAGACCACCUUGCCUUGUCGCCCAUGGAUAUCAUUGAAAGCCUUCGGCGAUGCGUCCUUGACCAGUCGAGCCGGAUUAUUCCCGUCUUCGCCGGCGCCAGUUUCCGGAAUAUGGGUGUCCAGCCUUUGUUGGAUGCGGUGGUGGAUCUCCUGCCCAGUCCGCCAGAGGCACCGGAUCCAGAAGUCAGUAUUGGGGGUGUCAAGGGAGGACUUCGACGACUUCUCUCCGGCGAACUCAUUAUCGAGAAAAACCAGAAUGCUUCUGUUCCAACGAAGGGCAAAAAGAAAAAGAAGAGUUCUCUCCAGGCCGAUCCCAAAGAGGCGAUCUCCAAGCUUCAAAGCUGUGCGUUGGCAUUCAAGGUGGUCAAUGACGCUAAGCGAGGCGUCCUGGUUUACGUGAGAGUGUAUUCUGGCUCUCUCGACCGCAACAGCCUUCUCUUUAACACAAACCUGCAUCUAUCUGAGCGAGCACCGCGCCUGCUGAAAAUGUACGCCAACGAAGCGGUGGAAGUAGACUCAAUCCCAGCUGGUCACAUUGGCGUUGUUGUGGGUCUCAAAUACGCACGAACUGGCGAUACUCUUCUAUCCUAUGCAGGAAACAAACCUACACCUCCCGAGCCACUAACCAGCCUUCAACUCCGUCCAAUCGAUGUACCUCCCCCAGUCUUCUUCACCAGCGUGGAGCCGCAUAGUCUGAGCGAGGAGAAGCGAAUGCAGGAAUCGCUGUCCCUGCUCUUGCGAGAAGACCCCAGCCUCCAUGUCAGUAUGGAUGAAGAAUCCGGCCAAACCCUUCUCAGCGGCAUGGGUGAAUUGCACCUUGAGAUCGCCCGUGAUCGUUUGAUCAAUGAUAUGAAGGCCAAAGCAUCCAUGGGCCGCAUUGAAAUCGGAUAUCGAGAGUCCGGACUCGGCGCUUCGGCCGCUAUCACCAAGGUAUUCGACAAGGAGAUCGCUGGCCGACGUGGCAAAGCAGGUUGUACCGCCGUGGUGGAACCCUGCAAUGGAGAGGAUGUUCCUGAAGCCGCAGACGAAGAUACACUUUUUGCGGAGACCAUCGAGGGAAACCAGAUCAUCAUCCGUGCCCCGGGCUUGCAGAUCGAGAGCUCCUCCAGAAGCGACGACGAGACAAGCCCAUUCCUCCCACCGGGGAUGGACCCGGCGUCCCUGCGUGCAGCGCUGCAGAACGGUGCCUUGGCCGCCCUCGCCCGAGGUCCCCAGUUCACGUUCCCAAUGCACAACACCCGGGUAACACUCACCAUCAACCCGGCCGAAGACCUCUUCGGCAACGAUACCACUGCUUCUGCACUCUCCGGUGCGGCGCGCCAGGCCACAUCUGCCGCGCUGCGGGACCUUCUCACCGGCCCCGGGACCGUCGUAAUGGAACCGGUCAUGAACGUAUCCAUCAGCGUCGACGAAGCCAGUCUUGGCUCCGUCGUGCAUGACAUUUCGUCUUCUAGGGGCGGCCACAUCCUGUCUCUCGACGAGGAAGUCUCGGCCGCUGAUGCCUCGUCCGAAGACUCAUUGCCCCCGAUUGACCCUGCCCGAGUAUAUGCACCCUCAGACCCUUUCGAGGGCCCCUCCGUCGGCGUGGAAAUGUCGAGCUCCUCGUCCCGCCCACGCACGAUCACGGCCAAGGUGCCUCUCAAGGAGAUGGUUGGCUACCUCAAACACCUGCGCAGUCUCACAGGAGGCCGAGGAACGUUCGUGAUGAGCGUGGACCGAUUCGAGAACAUGUCUGCGCAGAGACAAAAAGCCGUACUUGCGGAGCUGCGGGGCGGUUUCUGA